AUGCUCCUGGCAUCCACCAUAUCCGCUGUGCCUGGGCCCCUCUCUCCCCCUAGCUCUUCCAGCAACAGCAGCCAGAAGGAGCCACUGGAUGACCGGGACCCACUGCUAGUCCGGGCGGAACUGGCCCUGCUUUCUACUGUCUUUGUGGCCGUGGCCUUGAGCAACGGCCUGGUGCUGGGGGCCUUAGUGCGGCGGGGCCGGCGGGGCAGAUGGGCACCCAUGCAUGUCUUCAUCAGUCAUUUGUGUCUAGCUGACCUGGCUGUGGCUCUGUUUCAAGUGCUGCCCCAGCUGGCCUGGGAUGCCACCGACCGUUUCCGUGGGCCUGAUGCCCUGUGUCGGGCUGUCAAGUACCUGCAGAUGGUGGGCAUGUAUGCCUCCUCCUACAUGAUUCUGGCCAUGACGCUAGACCGCCACCGCGCCAUCUGCCGCCCCAUGCUGGCAUACCGCCAUGGAGGUGGGGCUCGCUGGAACCGGCCAGUUCUGGUGGCCUGGGCCUUUUCACUCCUUCUCAGCCUGCCUCAGCUUUUCAUCUUUGCUCAACGAGAUGUGGGAGAUGGCAGUGGGGUGUUUGACUGUUGGGCCCGAUUUGCAGAGCCCUGGGGCCUUCGUGCCUAUGUCACCUGGAUCGCUCUGAUGGUGUUUGUGGCACCUGCCCUGGGCAUUGCUGCCUGCCAGGUUCUUAUCUUCCGAGAGAUUCAUGCCAGUCUGGUGCCAGGUCCAUCUGAGAGGGCAAGGGGGCGCCGCAGAGGGCACCGAACAGGCAGUCCCAGCGAGGGAGCCCAUGUAUCAGCAGCCAUGGCCAAGACUGUGAGGAUGACGCUGGUGAUUGUGAUUGUCUACGUGCUGUGCUGGGCACCCUUCUUCCUUGUGCAGCUGUGGGCAGCGUGGGACCCAGAGGCGCCUCUGGAAAGGCCCCCGUUCGUGUUGCUUAUGCUGCUGGCCAGCCUUAACAGUUGUACCAACCCCUGGAUCUACGCUUCCUUCAGCAGCAGUGUCUCCUCAGAGCUUCGAAGCCUGCUCUGCUGUGCUCGCAGGAGCACCAUACCCAGUCUGAGCCCCCAAGAUGAGUCCUGUGCCACAGCCAGCUCUUCUCUGACUAAGGAUACAACCUCCUGAGCAGCCAGUGGGCUUGGGCUCUUUUCAUGCAAAGGCUCCGUGUACCUCACCUGACUGACUGGGGUUGGCCCAGAGAGCCACCAAGAAAGGGGCCCUUGGACAAGCCUUGGUCCUCCCUAGGCAUUACUAUCCUCAGGUAUAUGAGAAGGAAUGUUUCAAGACUGUAAGAAGACUCUUGGGUCAGUUCCUUUGUGUCAGGCAUGGGAACAACUGGGGCAGAAGCCUCAGGGCCUGGGAGGGGGCAGGUGACAGAGGUGCUUGUG